CUGUGGGCCUUCAUUGCAGGAGCAGGUGAGGCAGCGUGGGCAUGCAAAUUACAGAGGCCUUGGAGAAGGUUGCUGGAGAAGGAAUCACAGCUGUGACCCUAAGGACCCUUACCUUUGCGCAGAAGCACUCUGCUCUUGCGGAGGGCAAUGGCUGACGAAAGCCAGGAGAUUGGAGGCGUCCACUUCCCAUUCCCUUUCCCACCCUAUCCUAUCCAGAAGGACUUCAUGACAGAGCUCUACAAGGUUUUGGAUGCUGGCAAGAUUGGGAUAUUUGAGAGUCCAACAGGCACAGGCAAGUCCUUAAGUCUUAUCUGCGGGGCCCUCUCCUGGCUCCGGGACUUUGAACAGAAGAGAUUACAAGCGGAGGCUCGUCUCCUGGCCCCUGCACCUGGCCCCACAUGUGACGGGAAGAACUUGCUCCCAUCUUGCUCACCUUGCCAAGAGCCCUGUGACACCCCGAGGCCUGCUGGAGAGCCCGACUGGGUCACCGCAUUUGUUCAGAAGAAAGAAGAAAGGGACUUGAUAGAGAGACUGAAGGAGGAGCAGGCGAAGAGGAGGAAGCGGGAAGAGCGUCUGCAGCAAGUUUGCCAGGAUGGGAGGCUCAGGUUUGCAGCGAAGCGCAUGAAACGGGAAGAAGAGGAGACGGAGACUCUCCUGCGCCUCAGCAGGGAGCUGCUGGCUGAAGGGACGGGACCGGAGCAGCUGGGGCAGCUGGAGUGUGGGGAGGAGGCGCUGCUUCUGGCAGAGUAUGAGAGUGAUGAAGAGAAGCGAGCCAGCAGGGUGGGUGAGGAUGAGGAUGACUUGGAGGAAGAGCACGUAACCAAGAUUUAUUACUGCAGUCGGACACACUCCCAGCUGGCCCAGUUUAUACAUGAAGUACGGAAGAGCCCCUUUGGCAAGGAAACCCGACUAGUCUCUCUUGGCUCUCGGCAGAACCUCUGUGUGAACGAAGAUGUUAAAAACCUGGGCUCUGUGCAGCUUAUGAAUGACCGCUGCGCGGACAUGCAGAGAGGCAGACACGAGAAGAACGGAGCUGGCGAAGACAAGCCAAAGAGAAGGAGACAGAAGACCCAGACCUCUUGCCCUUUCCACAACCAUGAGCAGAUGCAGCUUCUCCGGGACGAGAUUCUGCUGGAGGUGAAGGACAUGGAGCAGCUUGUGGCCCUUGGGAAGGAGGCACGGGCCUGCCCCUAUUAUGGAAGCCGCUUUGCCAUCCCAGCAGCCCAGCUAGUGGUGCUGCCUUACCCCAUGCUGCUGCAUGCAGCCACCCGACAGGCUGCAGGAAUCAGGCUGCAAGGCCAAGUGGUCAUUAUUGACGAGGCACACAACCUGAUCGACACCAUCACCAGCAUCUACAGCACAGAGGUCAAUGGUUCCCAGCUCUGCCAGGCCUAUUCCCAGUUGCUCCAGUACAUGGAAAGAUAUGGGAAGCGUUUGAAGGCUAAGAACCUCAUGUACAUCAAGCAGAUCCUGUACUUGCUGGAGAAAUUUGUGGCUGUGUUAGGAGGUAACGUCAAGCAAAAUCCUCGCACUCAGAGUCUGCUUCACACAGGGUCUGAGCUGAAGAGCAUCAACGACUUUCUUUUUCAGAGUCAGGUGGACAACAUCAACCUGUUCAAGGUGCAGAGGUACCUGGAGAAGAGCAUGAUCAGCAGGAAGCUCUUUGGCUUCACAGAACGCUUUGGAGUUGUUCUUCCAUCUCCCUCAGCUUCCCAGGAGAACCGCAAUCUGGAUGGCUUCCAGAACUUCCUGAAGAGCCUGCAGCCAGGGCCUGCUGAGGACGCCCUGGAGGACGGCCAGGCCGCAGCCCCACGACCAGCAUCCCCACUGAUGCACAUCGAAGCCUUUCUGGCAGCUCUCACCACUGCCAACCAGGAUGGCAGGGUUAUCCUGAGCCGCCAAGGCAGCGUUGGUCAAAGCAGCCUCAAAUUCUUGCUCUUGAACCCAGCUGUGCACUUUGCCCAGGUGGUGAGGGAAUGCCGCGCAGUGGUCAUUGCGGGUGGCACCAUGCAGCCGGUGUCUGACUUUCAGGAUCAGCUGCUGGCAUGUUCUGGAGUGGAGGCUGAGCGGGUGGUGGAGUUCUCCUGUGGUCAUGUGAUCCCUCCAGACAACAUCUUGCCCCUUAUUAUGUGCAGUGGGCCCUCUAACCAACAACUGGACUUCACCUACCAGAGAAGAGAGCUGCCUCAGAUGAUGGAGGAGACAGGCCGUGUCCUCUGUAACUUGUGCAACGUGGUCCCUGGAGGGGUGGUAUGCUUCUUUCCUUCCUAUGAGUACCUGCGUCAGAUACAUGCUCACUGGGACAAGACUGGCCUGCUAGCACGUUUGUCUGUCAAGAAAAAGCUAUUCCAAGAGCCCAAGGGAGCCGGCCAGGUGGAGCAGGUGCUGAUGGCCUAUUCCAGGUGCAUUAAGUUCUGCGGUCAGGCAGGAGGCCAUCUGACAGGGGCCUUGCUCCUCUCUGUGGUUGGAGGGAAGAUGAGUGAAGGGAUCAACUUCUCUGAUGACCUGGGCCGGUGUGUGGUGAUGGUGGGGAUGCCGUACCCCAACAUUAAGUCUCCAGAGCUGCAAGAGAAGAUGGCCUACUUGGAUCAGACCCUGCCUAGGACACAAGGUCAGCCCUCCCCAGGGAAGGUGUUGGUGGAGAAUCUGUGUAUGAAGGCUGUAAACCAAUCCAUAGGCAGGGCCAUUAGGCACCAGACAGACUUUGCCAGCAUUGUGCUCCUGGAUCAUCGGUAUGCCCGCCCUCCUGUCCUGGCCAAGCUGCCAGCCUGGAUACGAGACCGUGUGGAGGUCAAAGCCACCUUUGGCCCUGCCUUUGCUGCUUUGCGCAAGUUUCAUCGGGAGAAGUCGCACCCCGGUGUGGUAUAAGCUACUCUCUCUGCUUGACCUGACCUUUGUGUUUGGCCUAAGAUGGUCAAAAGCACAGCCUUCCAGAGGCAGUGGGUUCCUUUGGUGUGAAAAGCCACGGGACAAUCCAGUUCACCCUGAAGGAACAUGGCCCGGAACCUCUUUCUUAGGAGCCCUCAUUCCCACAGCGCCAGGCUCAGGAGACUGGGCAGGCGUCCGCUCUCUGGCCUUGUGUGAGGCGAGGCCCACCCUGCCUCCAUCCUUUCUAGGGACAGUGAGCUAUUGUUGGCCUUUCUCCAGUCUCAGGUGUCCCUAUUCAGGGCCCUGCUGUUACUGGGCCGCCACAUUCACUGUGUCUCCAGGAGCAGGAGCUACCUGCUCCAAGCAGCUCUUGCGUGGUUGCUGCUCUUACCUCAAGCCUGGGGCACCUCUUCAGCCACCGAUGCCACCACACCCUCCAUGGCCUCAGAAGCAACGCCAGAGUCACUAGACUCUCAAUGUGACUGCUUUUAGAGUUCCUUUGUCGCCAGGGCGUUCUUGGUGCUGGAGAAACAUUCCUGGCUCUGCAGGACUUGACCGCAACCCACCGCCUCUCAACUCAGACAGUAUGUUCUACCCCUCAUACACUGUGUCUCCCUCCCAGACCACCAGGGCUGAGGACAGCCCACGCCCUGCUUAGCCGGCUCCAUCUGGCAAGGCCACCGUUCCUUUACUGAAUAAAGGGCACAGUUGAUGAGGGCUG